CCAACAUGAACACUGUGGCUGCUGUCUCAGGCGGGCUGUGGACUCAGUGAAGACCCCCAGCAUUGCAAGCCACUAGUACCAAAAAGAGCUGUCUGUGACCUGCCAGCCCUCUGGACUCUGUCACCUCCCUUGAGAAAACAACUCUCUCUCUUUAUGCUUGGAAGAGGUUUAAAACCUCUGAACACUACAAACCUAUUGGAGAAGGUCAGCUCCCUGUGUACCUAAAGAAGCACUCUGGUCAAAGCAAAGCUUUUGACACAUCUGCCAAAAGCAUGCCUGCUGAACACUGUGAGGUGUCAGAACUAAUUGAAGCCAUGGAUUCAAGCGAGCCUUCUGAGCAAUCUGCUGAACCCUGCAUCAUUGUGGACGAAAGAAAAAACUCUUUGGACUAUACUGAACCCCAAAAGGUCAAUGGACAAAUGGAUCCCUCUGUGCACAGUGCCGAUCAUUUCAACAUGAAUGUAGAACAUGCAGAGGAGAGUAAACCUUCUUUGCAUUACAAUAGGCAUUCUGAGGGCUUUGACCAAUGGAUCAACAAGCCCUGUGAGGACUAUCCAGCUCUUCACAAGCACACUAAUCAGUGUAAGUCUUCCGAGUUAAGUAAAUCAUUUGAAGAAUGUACUCAACAUUGUGAGGGCUUUGAGUUCAGCAAGUCCUCUGAACACUGUGCUAAUGACUGUCUAGGCAACACUGUAUUUAGGCAACACUGCGAAAAUUGCACAGGACACUUUCAGUCAUCGGAACAAUGCAAGCCUUCUGAUCAACACCGUAUGUCCUUUGAGCCAAGCGAACCUGCUGAGAGCUCUGAGUUUUUUGAGCAAUGUAAGAUAUAUGACUUCAUACCUGACAUCUCUGAAUCCACUAAAUCAAUCAGAUCAUUUGAGCACUGCACUGGUAUUUGUGAGUAUUCAGAAAAAUGCAAUCAUAUUGAACAUCCAACAGAAUAUAAUGAGACUACAAUGUCAUAUAAUGAUGAUUUAAAGCCCGCUGAGCCUAUAGUUCAACAAAUUGAAAUCUGUGGGCUUUUUGACUCUGAGUUUUGCACAACAUUAGAACCUAUACAUUCUUCAGAUUUGAACAUGCCUUCUCAACGCUAUGCUGAACAAGUUGAUCCCAAUGAAAGUAGACAUGUCUCUAAAGUUUGUGAACCUACUGAGCAAACUUUGUUUGCUGAACAAUGCAGUAAUCAAUCUGCUGAAUAUGAUAUACCCUCUGGGUACUGUGAACUGCAAAACAAUCUCUAUGAGCAAAGUGAGACAAGUGUACAGUGUGAACUGACUGAGCGAUGUAAUUCUUGUGAGAGCUAUCCCGGUCAACCUCAAAGCAUAAAUAACAAAUACUAUGAGCCUAGCAACGCAUUAUAUUCUGAGGAUGACAAGUCCUCUGAGUGCUCAUCCAUUGGAACAAGGUAUUUAGAAUUUUGCAUCGAUGACAGUAUAAAUUCAGACCUAUCGACUGAUUCAGCUGAAUCCUAUGCAGCCUUAGAGGAAGAAGGAGCACCAGACAAAUCCAGUGAUGAUAAUGCUAAAUUCUGUUCAGAGAUAUGGGAAUCGUUUGACAAUGGUCCAGAUGUGGUAGAAUGUGAGGAAAGCAAAGCUGAUGAAGAAAAACCUCACAUGGAUGCAGUCGUCGUCGAGGAAUUCUUUGACUUAUUCGAUAAAGAGGAUACUUAUACCUUUUCUCAAAGGCGACCUUAUACCUCCUGUUUUGAAGGGGGAGGGGUUCAUGAGCAGAUGAUUGAACAACUUAAACCUCAAGUGCCCGUUAUGAAUGAGGAAGAAACACAUAUGCCCUGUGUCCAAAAAAGGCUUGAAUCACUUGCUUUAGAUGAGAAAAUCAAUGAGAACAAAGCUUUCAGUCAAGAAGAAGUUGAUCAAUCUUAUGAUACUUGUGCUGAGGACAGACCAUUUCAUGUUAACUGUGCUGAUGAUGAGGCAUCAGCCUCUGGAUCUUUUGCAGAGGAGGAAAGAUGUGAAUCUUGUUUUGAAGAAGCCUCAGCUAAUGAAGUUGACGUUUAUGAAGCUUUUGUAGCAGAAGACAAUGCUAUUAAGGCUGAGGCCCACACGCCCUUUGUUGAGGAAGAUUGCAUUGCUGAAGAUAAAGCUGGUGAGGUUCAGGCCAAUGGACCCUUAGUUGAUGAGGACAACAUGUACGAACACAGUACAGAGGACGCUUCUCAUGGAUCCUCUGCUGACGUGUCUUUUGUUGAAGAUGAUGAAACAUAUGAGGGCCAAAAUGAUCAGACUUAUGAACCAUGCUUUGAAAAAGAGAAAUCUUUUGAUGAAGAAGACCAGAAAAUACACAUUGCAGAAGAUGAAUUAUACAAGCCAUAUGCUAGAGACAAAGCUUAUAGAUCAUAUGAACUGUGUGAUGAAGAUUGCAUCGCAUAUGGCUGUGAACAUACACCAUUUUCCAUGGAAGGGGAAGCGUAUGCACUCUGCACUGAGGAGAAAGCCUGUGAACCAAGUGAUGAAGAGCACCAUGAAUAUGAAAGCAAAGCCAAUCAAUCUAAUGUUAAUCAAGAAGCUAAUGGAUUCUGUGAUGAAGAAGACUCUGAUAAUACUUUUAAUGAAGGAAUUGAUGACAGCACUCCUGAGACAUAUUUUAAAGAUGGAGUGUGCACUGAGGAGGGAGAGCAUGAUGCGCCAUGUGCUGAGGAGAGUGAAUGUCCUAACUCACUUGAGGUUAUAACCAAAGACACUGUAUUAUGCACUGAAGGAAGCAAACCAGCUAUGCCUGAUGGUAUUGAAUUCAAUGGAGAUCAAACUGAUUCCUCUACAACCUCUUCAGAAGAGAUAGAUGAGCAAAACAAGUCAUCUAAAUUGUGUGAGGAUCUGAACACACCAUAUCUGUCUGAGAGCUGGGAGGAAAACAAUGUUGUCUCAGAGUACCUCCAACCCCCAGAGUCAGAGGACCUUUCAGAGCAGGUGUCUGAAAAAACAAGCCCCCCUUUCGAUGGUGCUGAACAUAGUAAAAACUCCAUGGUCAGCGAGCCACAUGAGCAUCACACCGAACAAACAGAGCCCGCUAAAAAAAGUGAGCUGGAUGAGAAAACAGAGUUGCAUGAAUUUUUUAAGAUUGUGGCCUCUGAACAACCAAGGGAAGAGUCUGAGGAGGAGCUGAGUGACGACGAGUCUGAGGAGCCCUGUGAAUGCGAGUACUGCGUUCCGCCUAGAGACCAGGUCCCAGCAAAACCUUUGCUCCCUCAAAUCAAGUCAAAAGACGCAGGGAAGAUCUGUGUGGUGAUUGAUUUGGAUGAAACAUUAGUGCACAGUUCAUUCAAGCCAUUGAACAACGCUGAUUGUAUAAUUCCAGUGGAAAUCGAUGGAACACUUCACCAGGUGUAUGUGUUGAAGCGACCCCACGUGGAUGAGUAUCUCAGAAGAAUGGGGGAGUUGUUUGAAUGUGUUCUGUUCACUGCGAGUUUAUCCAAGUAUGCCGAUCCCGUCUCCGACCUGCUGGAUAAAUGGGGUGCCUUCCGACACCGUCUCUUCCGGGAGUCCUGCGUUUUCCACCAAGGAAACUAUGUUAAAGACCUGAGUCAUCUGGGCAGGGACCUCAACAAGGUCAUCAUUGUGGACAACUCUCCAGCCUCCUACAUCUUCCACUCUGAAAAUGCUGUCCCUGUAGCAUCCUGGUUUGACGACAUGGCUGACACAGAGCUACUAGAUCUCAUCCCGUUCUUCGAGAGACUAAGCAAAGUGGACGAUGUCUACGAUAUGCUCAAGCAGCAGAGGACUGCAAGCUAAUGUGUAAUCAAACACCGGCUGCAACUUUUCACCACGGGGGUCAUGGAGGAGGCUGGUGGUUAACAAGCUUCAAGUUUCUUCUCACUAGAAGAACCGGCUAGUGUCUUUCGGUCGUUGUCACCCAGCGAAUUCCAUUCACACACAACGUCAUAGAGGCCACUCAGUUUGGCACAGAGACAGAACUGGGUGGAACUACUUCAUGACAAACAUCGAAAAGAGUGUUAUGAGUAAUUUUUUCACUUUUGAUGCAGUAAUCCCCUCAUGGUUACGACUUUUCCUCCCGAAGAAAAGGUUAAUUAAAGCCCUUUUCGUGGGACGGUGAUCAAUUAAGCAGGCAAUAAAGUUAUUUUUGCAAAGCAAUUGGUGAACACGAUAUGAAAUACUGAGGGUGUUAAUCUUGAGAUCAAGAUAACUCAAUCCAAUCGUUUAAAGACUGUUUCGAAAAAUGCCCUAUAUUGUUUUUGAAUUUUUCCUUACCCGAACAUUACUGUAUAUCGAGUGUUUUCAACAUUCAAUGCCAUUUUAGUAAAUGAUUCACUACAACAUGCACACUUGUGAUUGUGUCAAGGAUGUACGAUUAUCAACAAGGAUCCACUAUGUAGCAACACAGCAAGUCAUCGUAUUUUGAACAUUGGAAAAGCUGUCACAUGCACGUGGAUGUAUGUGUUUGUAUUUUUAUUCCAUGCCAUCUGAUUUAAGAUCCGAUUUGAAAAAGACACAGCAAUAAUGUUCACCUUAGUGAAAUAGUCAGCAUUUGAUAUUAACUGUAACAGCAAUUCAUCAUAUCUAGUAAUGCUCUUUUCAUCAUUAAUCAAGUUGGAAAAAAACUGGAAUCACAUCACAUAUGAUGUGACACAUUAUGAUGACAUAUUUAACCAUUAUAUCAGGUAAGUGUUUAUGCCCGUUUGAAAUGUAUUACACACACAGAAUGCCUUAUUCAUGAUUUGCCAAUCAUUCACUUAAAGUAACUGCCCAAAGAAUUUCACUUUUAAAAGUUAAUGUUCUGUAAAGUCAUAUCCAAAUUAAUGCUGUUGGCUUGUCUUAUACUCGUAUUUGUGGCCAAAGCAUAAAUUGGAGAAAAGAAAAAGACUUUUAAAACCCACCUCAAAUUUAUGUCUCAAACAGAACAUUUAAAAAAUUCUUGCGAUUUCCUCAUAGAACUUAAUAUCAUCUCCCUGAGGAGGGUGAGCAGAGCAAUCAGCGGUCUACAGGAGGAUGAGCUGGCCAGUCAGCGGUCUACUUGCAUUAAUAUUUUGAAUGACGAUAUACGCCCACACCAUUCUGUUGGUGGGGUACGCCCAUACCAUUCCAACACAGAAAAGCUGCUUUUUAACAUAGUUAAUUAAAACAUUUUUGGAAGGAAUACUAUUUCACUUAUAUUGUAAGUAAUUAUAGGUCAUAUUUCAUAGAAAUCUGUAAACACUGGGCAGUUACUUUAAAUGAGUACAUUAUCAAGUGAGGCUCGAAUUGCCUUGGUCUUCACUAGUUACCACAGCCACAAAGUCUUAAACCCACCUAUUUCUAAAAUGUAUUUUCUUAAAAUGUUUUUAAACCUAACCCUAAACCAAACCUCAACCAAAUUGCUAACCAAAAGCCUAACCCUAAUUAAAUGACCAAAAAAGCUAUUGUUAGUUUUCAUAGAUUUUUUACGAUAUAGCCCAUUUGUACUUUGUGACUGUGGCAACUAGUGAAAAUAAUAGUUUUCCCUCAUCAAUCUACACACAAUACCGCACAAUGACAAAGUGAAAACUGUUUUAUUCGUAAUUUUUGCAAAUGUAUUAAAAAUAAAAAACAGAUACCUUAUUUACAUAAGUAUUCAGACCCUUUGCUAUGGCACCAUCCCUACGGUGAAGCAUGGUGCUGUCAGCAUCAUGCUGUGGGGAUGUUUUUCAGCGGCAGGGACUGGGAGACUAGUCAGGAUCGAGGGAAAGAUGAACAGAGCAAAAUACAGAGAUCCUUGAUGAAAACCUGCUCCAGAGCGCUCAAGACCUCAGACUGGGGCGAAGGUUCACCUUCCAAGAGGACAAAGACCCUAAGCACAAAGCCAAGACAACAAAGGUGUGGCUUCAGGACAAGUCUCUGAAUGUCCUUGAGUGGCCCAGCCAGAGCCCGCACUUGAACCCGAUCGAACAUCUCUGGACUGACCUGAAAAUAGCUGUGCAGCAAUGCUCCCUGACAUAGCUUGACAUAGCCUGACAUAGCUUGAGAGGAUCUACAGAGAAGAAUGGGAGAAACUCCCUAAAUACAGGUGUACCAAGUUUGUAGCGUCAUACCCAAGAAGACUCAAGGCUGUAAUUGCAGCCAAAGAUGCUUCAACAAAGUACUGAGUAAAGAGUCUGAAUACUAAUGUCAAUUUGAUAUUUCAGUUUAGAAUUUUUUAUAAAUGUGCUAACAUUUCUAAAAACCUGUUUUUACUUUAUCAUAAUGGGGUACUGUGUGUAUAUUGAUAUGGCAAAAAAAAAAAAAAACGAUUUAAAUCAAUUUUAGAAGGCUGUAACAAAACAAAAUGUGGAAAAAGUCAAGGGGUCUGAAUACUUUCCGAAUGCUCUGUAUAUUAUCAGCUCUAUUCAUUGUAUUUCUAUCUGCAACAUUCAUAAUUCCACAUCCCAGAAUACACAGCCCUGAAUACAGAUAGGCAAUGGCCUACCUGUGUGACCGGAGUAGUUGGAUAGAAUGACAAUAGACUGAUGGGUCUUUCAGCCCUAAUAUCUGAUGGUUAGAACUACAAGCACCAAUAUGGAUGUGGUGAGAAGAUUUAGACAGCUUUCAGUAUUUAGCCAGUUGUUUUGAUCGUUUGUUUUACUUAUGUUAAAGAUGUCAUGUUUUAUAUUGUAGAUUAACUGAUAAGGGUUAAAUAAUAUGUGCUAACUUGGAAUAAUUGUAGUACACUGUCCAGAUGGGGAAAUGGUUUGUAAUCCAUAUGCUGGAGAUAUAUGUGUGACAUUUGGUUUUAACAAGUACUUGUACUUGACCUUUUUGAUAUGCGAUAUCAUAUUGCAAGUCUAAUGUAGUAGUCAUUCAACCUGUACAGUCAGUUGAGUGGAGAGCCUUUUCAUAGCUCCUUGUAUUACAUGCCUUGUAAAGAUCCUAAUUUACUUUAUGACACUUCCUGCCGUGCUUGCUUACACAUGACUACGUGUCUGUGCAUGCGAGUCUGCGUUACCUUAAAAGUAAAAUACAGCAUUCAUUUGACAAGAUAGACAUCUUUCGAUACAGAAAACUCUUUCAAUUAGUAUAAUAAUUUGCUGUUUUUUAUCACUGCAUGCAACAAGUGUUGACAUCCGAGUAAAGAAACUUGAGCUAAAUCAAGUGUUUGAAUGAGUUAGAGCUGCUCGUCAAUUUUAAGAAUAGAAAGGAGUAGAAAACGAUUUGUAC